CCUGGUGCCUCAGGGCGGUACCUGUGAGGGCCUAGCCAUGAAGUGGGGGUGAGGUCAGGGCUCAGGAAUGUCCCAGUUAGCUUAGAGAAGCCCCAUGGCCUGUAACACAGGCCUCCAGGUCUGGCCAGGAGCCCACCCACCAGCCCUCAGCUGCUGAUCCUGGUGCUCAGAGCAAUGAUAAGUGGGCAGAAAGUCCUCGAGGGGCUACUGGGCUGCGUUUGCAGUUGGACGCGGGCCUGGAGAGUUGGAUGGAGGACUGGAGGCUGUGGCCCUCAAGUCUUGUGUCCAGGAGACCCGCCCUUCCCGCCUGAGGAGCUGCCCAGGAAAGAAGGGGCUGAUACUGUGUUCCCUGGACCAAGCCUGGAGCCACCAGCCGUGUCCUCGGGCAUCAAGGCCACUGGCACACUCAAGCGGCCCACCAGCCUGAGCCGCCAUGCCAGCGCAGCCGGCUUCCCGCUGUCUGGAGCCGCCUCCUGGACAUUGGGCAGGGGCCACCGAAGCCCAAUGGCAGCUGCCAGCCCAGGCGAGCUGCCUACAGAGGGCCCCUCCCCUGAUGCCGUGGAGGACAUCUCCCACCUGCUGGCCGACGUGGCGCGCUUCGCUGAGGGGCUUGAGAAACUCAAGGAGUGUGUGUUGCGUGACGAACUCCUUGAGGCCCGCCGGCCACUGGCCCAUGAAUGCCUGGGCGAGGCCCUACGUGUAAUGCGCCAGGUCAUCUCUAAGUACCCGCUGCUGAACACUGUGGAGACGCUCACAGCUGCUGGCACCCUCAUCGCAAAGGUCAAAGCCUUCCAUUACGAGAGCAACAAUGAGUCAGACAAGAGGGAGUUUGAGAAGGCGCUGGAGACGAUCGCGGUGUCUUUUAGCAGCACUGUGUCUGAGUUCCUCAUGGGUGAAGUGGACAGCAGCACCCUUCUGUCAGUGCCUCCCGGGGACCCUGGCCAGUCCGUGGAGAACCUAUACGGACAGGGCAGUGAGGGUGCCGCUCCCAGCACUGAGGACUGCGACGCGGGCUGCCUGGCCCCCGAGGAGGUGGACAUGUUGCUGCAGCGAUGUGAAGGGGGUGUGGAUGCCGCGCUGCAAUAUGCCAAGAACAUGGCCAAGUACAUGAAGGACCUCAUAGGCUACCUGGAGAAGCGGACCACCCUGGAGAUGGAGUUUGCCAAAGGCUUGCAGAAGAUCGUGCACAACUGCAGACAAAGCGUCAUGCAGGAGCCCCACAUGCCACUCCUGUCCAUCUAUUCGCUGGCCCUGGAGCAGGACCUGGAGUUUGGCCACAGCAUGGUGCAGGCAGUGGGCACGCUGCAGACCCAGACUUUCAUGCAGCCCCUGACCCUGCGGAGGCUUGAGCACGAGAAGCGCAGGAAGGAGAUCAAAGAGUCCUGGCACCGUGCCCAGAGGAAGCUGCAAGAGGCAGAGUCCAACCUGCGCAAGGCCAAGCAGGGCUACAUCCAGCGCUGCGAGGACCAUGACAAGGCCCGCUUCCUUGUGGCCAAGGCCGAGGAGGAACAGGCAGGGACCGCGCCUGGGGCGGGCAGUACGGCCUCCAAGACCCUGGACAAACGGCGGCGGCUGGAGGAGGAAGCCAAGAACAAGGCAGAGGAGGCCAUGGCCACGUAUCGCACGUGCGUGGCAGAUGCUAAGACACAGAAGCAGGAGCUGGAAGACACCAAGGUGACCGCAUUACGGCAGAUCCAGGAGGUCAUCCGGCAGAGCGACCAGACCAUCAAGUCGGCCACCAUUUCCUACUACCAGAUGAUGCACAUGCAGACGGCCCCGCUGCCCGUGCACUUCCAGAUGUUGUGCGAGAGCAGCAAGCUCUACGACCCAGGCCAGCAGUACGCCUCCCACGUGCGCCAGCUGCAACGCGGGGAGGAGCCAGAUGUGCACUAUGACUUUGAACCCCAUGUCUCCACCAACACCUGGUCCCCUGUCAUGCGUGCUCGGAAGGGGAGCUUCAACGUUGGUGAUACUGCAGGGGCAGACACUGCCAGCAGCCCCCCAGAGGAAGGUGGCUCCCAGGACGGAACACUUGUCAAGGAUCGCAGGGGUGGGCGAGGACACCAGGUGCACAAGUCAUGGCCGAUCUCGAUCUCAGACUCAGGCACCCUGGACCCCAGCACCAGCUCAGGGGACUUUAAGAAGUUUGAACGCACAUCCUCCAGUGGCACCAUGUCAUCCAACGAGGAGCUGGUGGACCAGGAGGGUGGUGCAGGGGCUUCAGCCUUUGAGCAGGAUGAUCUCAAUAGCAUGGCCCCUGAGCUGCCAGCCAUGCCCAGUGGGCCCUUCCGCAAUGUGGGGCUGUCCAAGGCUGCGCGCACCCACCGGCUCCGGAAGCUCCGUACGCCUGCCAAGUGCCGGGAGUGCAACAGCUACGUCUACUUCCAGGGUGCUGAGUGUGAGGAGUGCUGCCUGGCCUGCCACAAGAAGUGCCUGGAGACCCUGGCCAUCCAGUGCGGCCACAAGAAGCUGCAGGGCCGGCUGCAGCUCUUCGGCCAGGACUUCGGCCGGGCAGCACGUGGCACCCCAGACGGUGUGCCCUUCCUGGUCAAGAAGUGCGUCUGUGAGAUCGAGCGACGAGCUCUGCGCACCAAGGGCAUCUACCGGGUGAAUGGGGUGAAGACGCGUGUGGAGAAGUUGUGCCAGGCCUUUGAGAACGGUAAGGAGCUGGUGGAGCUGUCACAGGCCCCGCCCCACGACAUCAGCAACGUCCUCAAGCUCUACCUGCGCCAGCUGCCCGAGCCACUCAUCUCCUUCCGCCUCUACCACGAGCUCGUGGGGCUGGCCAAGGACAGCCUGAAGGCAGAGGCCGAGGCCAAGGCGGCCUCCCGGGGCCGGCAGGAUGGCUCCGAGAGCGAGGUGGCUGCUGUAGCUAUGGCCUGCAGGCUGCGGGAGCUCCUGCAGGACCUGCCACCUGAGAACAGGGCCACGCUGCAGUACCUGCUGCGGCACCUGCGCAGGAUUGUGGAGGUGGAGCAGGACAACAAGAUGACCCCAGGGAACCUGGGCAUCGUGUUCGGGCCCACCCUGCUGCGGCCUCGGCCCACCGAGGCCACUGUCUCCCUCUCCUCGCUGGUGGACUACCCCCACCAGGCCCGCAUCAUCGAGACCCUCAUCGUCCACUACCGCCUGGUCUUUGAGGAGGAACCAGAGGAGGCACCCGAAGGCCAGGGCGGGUCCUUGGACCCACAGGCUGAAGUGGUUGUCCAGGUGCCGUACCUGGAGGCGGGCGAGGGGGCUGCCUACCCACUGCAGGAGGUGGAGGACGGGGGAGAAGAAUCCCAAGUUGCGUCCAACGACUCAGACUCGGAGCUGGAGGAGGCCUCCGACCCGCUGUCGUCGUCAGGUGCCAGCGCCCUGCACCACUUCAACUUCCUGGAGAAGCAGGAGUCCGAGGCCAGCUUGGAGGAGGGUCCCUGCAGCGGCAGUGGCAGCGAGGAGCAGCUGGAGGCUGCGGCCCGGGAGGAUGAGGAUGAAGAUGAGGAUGGCCCAGCCCGACGGCUCUCUGCGUAUAACACCAACCAGUCCAACAACGUGGCCCAGGGCUGGCUGCCCACCGUGAGACUCCGCGGCGGGUGGAUCGCACUGGGAACCUGCCGGGAGAGGCAGCCGGAGUUUGUCUGAGCUGGGGCAGUGUGGGGCCCACGGCCAGCUUCUAUCCUGCCGGCUCCAGCCCCUCUGGACCGUCCCUGGCCCAGGGCACACCUCACCCACACUGUCCUGGGGUUGCUGCUAUGAGCACCUGGACUCAGCCAGUCCCGCCAGCCCACAGAACAGAGAGGGCAGUGCUGGCCACCUCCUCCCAGAAGCAUCCAGGAGCAUGAGGGUCAGCGAUGCUGUGGGGACCCCACACACCACCCCGUGCCCCAGAGCUGAGCUAGAGUGGAGGACUUCACUCUAUCAUCAAGUAGCCCAGCCCUGUUGUAAGCGCCCACAGGGCUGUGUGUGUGUGUGUGUGUGUGUGUGUGGACGGAGGAACCUGUCUCUGCUCAGCGCUCCCCUCACUCCCCCGGGACAGCAGGCCCAGCCCUGCCCUCACCGUCCGCCGUAUGGAGCAGAUGUGCUGUCUGGGGUGGAAGGCCAUUCCGGAAGCCGUGGAUGGGGGUAGAGGCCAGCCUUUGGUGUGGCUUCCCAGGUCGCAGGAUGGCUGGGCCCGCACAGCAGCCUUGGGAUGCCUUCGCUUUUUCAGAAAACCAGGCUCAGACACCUGGGGUUUAGGUACAUGCCACUUACAGGUCACAUAUAGUUCUUUGACAUGCACGUUUACUUUGCUUAAUAAAGUUUUUAAUCUGGUC